AAUGGCGGUUAACGACAAGUGACAUUUCAUUCAGUCAACAAACGACGCUAUUUUGAUUAGAACGUAGUGAUUAUAUGCUCUUUGAUUUCAAUCUCAUAUCUAAUCGUGUAUUUUGUAAGAAAAAAUACUGUGAAUUUUAUAGUUUAGUGCUAAUAUAUAACUUAAUUUCUGUUAUUGUUUUACUCUUGUAAUCUAACCACAAAAUGACUGGGAGAGCUAAAAAGGUCGCCGCGCCAAAGAAAAAAGCUAAUGGAUAUAAAAUGCCAGCUCCUAUUGCUACUGGCGAAAUAAUACAUGAUACUACCAUGAAGAAGAAAUGGCGCAUCGGACCUUCCAUAGGAGUCGGGGGCUUUGGAGAAAUUUAUUCUGCAUGCGAUCAUGAUAGUACGCCGAAAAGCUCCAACUAUCCUUUUGUCGUUAAAAUUGAGCCUCAUGAAAAUGGACCAUUGUUUGUGGAGAAACAUUUCUACAUCAGAAAUGCUAAAAUGGAUGACAUAACCUCAUUCAUGAAAAGCAAGAAGCUCUCAAGCCUCGGUAUGCCGUCAUAUUACGGCAAUGGUUCACACGACUACAAGGGAGAGAAAUACAGAUAUUUGGUGCUGGAGCGCUAUGGCAAAGAUCUGUGGAGUCUGUUCAUUGACAGCGGGAGGUCUUUCCCAGCGCCAACUGUGUUUCAAAUUGGUCUGCAAAUGUUAGACGUAUUAGAGUACAUCCACAGUCGCGGCUACGUCCACGCUGACAUCAAAGGCGCGAACAUCCUGCUAGGGCUGAAGAAGGGCACUGAAAACCAGGCGUACUUAGUAGACUUCGGUUUGGCCGCCAGAGUUAAUGAUAAGGAGUUCAAACCUGACCCGAAGUGUGCGCAUAAUGGAACUAUAGAGUAUACUAGCAGGGAUGCGCAUUUAGGAGUGGCAACAAUGCGCGGCGACCUUGAGAUCCUCGGCUACAACAUGCUGCAGUGGCUGGUCGGAACCCUGCCCUGGGAGAAGUCGCUUAAACAGCCCAAGGCUGUCCAGGAGAUGAAGGAGGCCUUCAUGAAGAAUGUGAAAACAAGUGUUGCUAAGCUGAACGGCAAUGUACCUGAUGCCCUAAUAAAAUUUUUCGAAUACAUAAACACGUUGAAGCCCAAGGAAGUGCCGGACUACGCAAAAUGCCGCCAAAUAUUCGAGACCUACCUCAAAAGCCAGGGUGUCACCAGAAACACCAAACUCGUCUUCACGGCUACUAAGAAAGCCAAAACUUCUACUAAAACCAUGACUGUUGAUGAUGAAAGCGAUGAGGAACCUUUGAAGAAAUCGCCAAAGAAGAAAACAGACAAAGUGGUUAAAAGAAGGAACCCCAAACCUAAGGAACCUAGCCCGGAAGAAAAUGGAGAAAACAAAGAACCCGAGGAAUCCGAUAAGAAAAAGAAGGCUAAGAGAAAGUCCUCAGAACCCUCAGUUCUCGUCAAAGUAAAAAAACCUAAAUUAGCUCCUAAAGCCACACCUCCUGUUAAGAAAAAUCACAUAAACAUAGCAACGCAAACUUCUAUAGAGAAACGACGCAGCCCCCGUCAAGUAUCAUUCGAUAGCCCUAUUAGUUUAAUAAUAGGAGAGAAGAUACCUUUAAAGAGAUCUAAAGAAAAUGAGCCUAAGAAUACUAGCGCUGAUAUGUUUGAGGAUUCUUUUGAGGAGAAAAAACCUAAGAGGAAAGAUAAAAUACUUCUGUCUGAUGAAGAAUAUACAGAAAAGAGGGUGGUAAAGAAGAAAGUUACUACAGUUAAACCAAAAGGAAGGUCGUGGAAAGAUGCGCCGACUGUUAUGAAUGGUCGGUCUCCACCCAAAUAGUAUAAUAGUCGUCAGACUGAGUGACUGAAAUGAGCUGUAAGCUAUUCUUUUUACAAUUAACCUUUCAUAUGAGUGUGAUGGUCAAAGAUCGUGGAUUUUAACCUCGGUUAUUUUGUAUAGAAGUGAAAAAUCAGUUUCGAAAAAAUUUAAACAUUGUGACUAAAAAUUCAGCCAGCAUCUUUAUUAUACAUAGACAAGUAGUAAAUACUGUCAAAGAGAAUCUAGAAAUAGAGGUGGAUUGUCAAAGAAAACUUUGUAACAACAGUAAAUUUACUGCCAACUUUCGACACAUGAUUAAAACUUUUAGAACGCCAUUUGACUUUGAUCCUUAUUCUAUCACUGAUAUGUGUUAAAUAUCAAAAAGUGGCGCCGUAAAUCGUAAAAAUUGCAGUAAAUUUACUGUGGCUACACAAUAUUUCAAUAUCUGAAUACGCGCAGUUUUCGUCGAACAACUACUGCGGUCGAGGAUCUUUUUUAAACUUCGACCAAAACUAAGUGCCCGUUAUUAAUAGAUUUCAUAUCACGGGAGUUUUUUUAUUAUAGAAUAAGUUUUUUCGGGUCCUUUUUGUGCAUCUCUGCGAGAAAUAGCUAUACAACAAACAGUCUUUCAGUUUGUCGAUUUUUUAUUAUUGUUAAUACCAAUCAGAAGCUCACAAAUAUUAAUCAUAUAGAGAUUAAAACCUUACAUAGUUAAGUAUAUAACAAAUCAUACUACCUCCGCUUGUACUUAUUAAUAAUAAUUCCGUCUAAUGUCUACAAAUCUGAUAACAAUGUACAAAUAACAAUGAAGAGACAUACUUAUGUCUGUAAAAGCAUUUAUACAUCGAAAGAUGUACUUUUUUAAUUUGACAUAAUGUUGCAUUCCUGCCGGUGAGUAAGGUUGCCAGAGCUCAACGAGGCUCGGCAACGCGUAUGUCACACCUCUGGAGUUGCCGGCGUCCAUAGGCUACGCUAACUGCUUACCAUCAGGCGGGCCGUAUGCUUGUUUGCCACCGACGUAGUAUUUUAAAAAAAACAAUAUACAGUCGCCAUCAGACCAAAGUGCUCUAAAAUCAGUAGAACCGUUAAAUAUAAAGCUAAAUUAUCAAAUGUUGCCAAAUAUUGAACUCUUAGCUUUAUUAGUUUUUUUUUUAUAUUUGCCCAUCCACCUACACCUAAGGUACCUUAUAGAGCAAGAUUCCAGUACCGCCAGACCUUGCUUAUUUACUCAUGACUAAAAUGUAUGGGAUAAUAUAGUGUUAGUAUGUAUUUUUAACCUUUUCAACGCUUUUCCACACGUGUCAAGAAAUGCCAUGGACGCCAAAAAGUUAACUGGUGAAGAGCGAAUAUGAAGCUUAACUGACAGUAGGAAAGUCGCUUUGACAACGUCCGCCAUAGCCUUUUUAAUGGUCAUUGGCGUCGCGGGCACGACAGACGAUGACCGUUUUAGUGGUUUUUGGCGUUGAAAAGGUUAAUGUCUGCAUACUUGCUAUAUGGGCCCGACGGCCAUUUGUCCGGUACAAGGUGCUAAAGUUUGGAAAAAUAUGACUAACUUUUCUUAAAUUCUCAUGGCUGAUUUUUAUGCGUGUUUUAGAAAAUAUUGUUAAAAAUUUAUAAUCAACAUUGCCAUACCAUUUCCGCCGGCGGUAACUUAUUACCAGACGCUUUAAUGCUGUCAAGAAAUAUUUUAAUUUUACUUACUUUCUCACUUUUGAUUUAUAUAUAUGAUACUCGGGGAACUAUUACAAACCAUUUUGUAAGUAGUCAGGGAACUAUUACAAACCAUUUUGUAGAAAGCCAGACCAAUUGGAGGGGCCCAACCAUUUCCCAGACCAACAUAAAGUUUCACACAGACACACAUAAACUUUACAAUAUCUAAAGCUAUAUAUAUAACCUAACAUCUAUAUAUAUAAAGUUACAAUAUCUUUUUGACAGUUUUACCGCCAGCGGAAAUGGUCUGGCAAUGUUGAUUAUCAAAUUUUAACAAUAUAUUCUAAAACAUACAUAAAAAUCAGUCAUGAGAAUAUUAAGUUAGUAAUAUUUUUACCAACCGUUAGCACCUUGUACCGGACAAAUAGCCGUUGGCCAAUGUAGCAAGUAUGCAAAGAUUAAAAGUACAGUCAGCGUCAAAUACUUUGUAGCAACCAAUAGUUCGGUACACCCUAUAUUUAGUAUGGUGUACCGAACUAUUUGGCCACUUUGACUGCUACAACGUAUUUGACGCUGACUGUACAUACUAACACUAUAUUAUCCCAUACAUUUUAUUUGAGGGAAAAUAAGUAAGGUCUGCCGGCUCUGGGAUCUGGGACUAUUACGGCCAUGAAAUCGCGCGGUGGCGACAUCGACGCUCAUAGGUGGGAGAGAGAAACAGCGAUCGGACCUUUCAUUCCUACCUGUGGCCGCUGAUGCGACUGUCAAACACGAGUAGAUGUUUCCGACUGCCAUGUUUACCUGAUUAAUUUAUUCAUUUGUAAAAUUUUAAGCUUUAAAUUUUUAUGAAAUGAUAAAAAUGUAAGUAUAAUUGUCAUGAUCAAGUUGUUUUUGUGUUCCUCGAGCAAUGGAAAUGAUUCUAAUAAUAAUAAUUGUUACAUAAAUCAUUUGUUAGGUUACGUUUCUAUGAUUCAUUGUUAAAUGAAAUUGAAUGUUUGUAUUGACAGUGUCAGCCUUUUUUACUCUUUUGUAUAGCGUAAAAAAAGGUUAAACAUGUUUGUAUGUAUACGAUUGAGACUGGUUCAAAUGUUGUAUCUCUAGUAUACGUGGUAUGUAGGGUAUGUGUAAAAUAAACAGUAUUUCAUA